AUGGAGGGCAGACUUGAUCAAUGUGCUACAUACUUAUUGCAGUUGGCCCAACAGAGAAAAGAUUCCAUUCAUGUAUGCUGUAGAAAGCUUCAGAUUCAGGGCUUAUGCAAAGCCACAUUCAUAGAAAUCUUCCAAAGUAUAGAUACAUACUGCCUGCAGGAGCUGGAGCUAAGCUGUAUCUGCAUAGACAACGUGGCAUUUCUUAGUCCCUACAUGAGACAGAUGAAGAACCUUCUUACGCUCAUUCUAACUGACAUUACAGAUAUCAUCACUCUGGAUGGUUGUGAUGAUUUUGAUGAGAAGAAAAUGAGCAGGUUGAUUUCUCAACUUCCCUCAUUCCACUGUCUCCAGAAUCUCUAUCUAAAUAAUAUCUUCUUUAUAGAUGAAAAUCUGAAAGAAUGCCUCAGGUGCCUGAAGAAUCCUUUGGAGACCCUGUGCCUCACUUACUGUAACCUCUCACAGACUGACUUGAAUUACCUGCCCCAUUGCCUGAAUAGUUGUAAGCUCAAAUAUCUGAACCUGAGUUCUAUAUAUUUAUAUACUUUAUCCCUUGAGCCUCUUGGGGUUCUCCUUGAGAGAGUUAAGGAUACCCUGCAAUCCCUGGAAUUACAGUCAUGUGGCAUGACAGACCGUCAUUUCGGCGCUCUCCUGCCUGGCCUAAGCCAAUGCUCCCACCUCACAAAGAUCAAUUUCUGUGAAAAUGAACUCUCUCUACCUGUUUUGAAACAACUUCUAGAGCAUACAGCCAAGCUGAGGCUGCUGAGUCAGACACAGUACCCUGCCCCUCGGGAGUGCUAUGAUAACAUGCGUAGAGUUAUAACACAGAGAUUAGAAAAUUUUGGCCCUGAGCUUCUGGAUAUACUCGACCAAAAGACAGCCCAAGAGAGUCACCUUUUCUACAUUGCAAUGCAUUAA